AUGCCUAGGUGUUUUAUGACUUCCGUGAGGCCUUUGCGGAUAUCUUCCUCACAAGAGACAGAUGAUUACAAACCGAUGAGGAUACCUAAAGCGUCGACGAAAAAACAGAAAAAUCUUUUGAAAUUAAACGAAACUGUGUAUCACGAUAAAGUUCCAAUAUCUACGAGGUUUUACCUUCAACUGUUAAAGAAGAGCCAAUUCAUCAAAACGUUUGUGGACACGGAAAGCUAUGAUUACGCUUCGGAGAGCGAAAAAGCGAUAAAUUCGCCGGAACAACCAAAAAGAAAUAGCGCGAAGAAGGAGAAUGACAAAUCUACUUACAAUCUGAGAUCGAACGAAUCAAAAACGGAGAGAAGAGUUUUCGGACAGAAGACGAGAGCACAGAGGAAGAAGAAGAAGAAUCAGAAUAACAUAGAAGGAAAACCGAUUGGCAAAGAAAAGAAGGAACCUCUAGCACCGAUUAUAGAAGAAAUUAAGAACAGAGAACCUCUGAAAACAGUCAGAGGAACAGAAAUAGAUAAAAUAGCGGAGAAAUUAAAGAGUCUGGUGAAGAAUAACAAUGAUGAGAAACUGAACAGGGAACUCUUGUUCUGUAAGGAAUCUUUCGCGAGGGAAGAGAGAAUUGACACGAUUAGCGCGGAAACGGAUGAGGAUAAUAAAAAGAAAAACGAGAAAGGGCGCGACUGGGAGCGUCGAGUCCACGUGUGUUCGUACUGCGGCAAAGGUUUUGAUAGACCGUGGGUAUUAAAAGGACACUUGAGAUUACACACGGGAGAGAGACCCUUCCCUUGCCCACAUCCACACUGCGGCAGGACUUUUGCUGAUCGUUCCAAUCUCCGCGCCCACCAACGCACACGUGGGCACCACUCGUGGGUGUGGCGAUGCGCCCACUGCGGCAAGGCAUUCAGUCAGCACAGAUACUUGGAGAGGCAUAGAGCUGAUGCAUGCAGGAAAUACAAAAUGCAUUCAAGGAACUCUCAUACAUCCUGCAACGUUAAAAUGGCGCCGGUCCCGUUAUAUGGCUUCAUAUAUAACAAGGCUGAGAGACUUGAAGACGGACCGAUAGAUCUUUCCAUUAAUAAGAGAGACGAAUAA